AUGGGCACAAAGCGCAGGAAGGGGGUCGAGCUGCCCACGGGAAGUGCCGGCGUCUCGAGCCUCUCGUACGCGGCCACGGAGCGCCCGCCGCCAGCGAAGGCCCCAAGGACUGCAGCUACCAGUGCGCCGCCUUCUGUCGCGCGUCGCUUCGGCUUUAAAGGGCCGUCGAUCACGCAGCUCCCGACUCCGGUCGUCAGGGGCAAGCGGGCGCCUGCGAGCGACGCGCUCUCGACGCAUGCGGGGGCGCCACUGACAGCACCGGCAGCAGCUGUAGCAGUGGAGAGCGUGGCGCCCGUGGACCUGGGCGUCCACGUGCUGGAGAAGUUCAACGAGAGCUUCAGCCCGGAGACGCUGGCGACGCUCGAGCAGCUGCUGGCGUUCCGGCCCAAGACCAACAAGUUCGCAGUCAAGGCCAGGAAGGAGGAGCAGAUCGCGUACAUCAAGCAGCUCAAGGCCGGCGUGCGCGACGUCGUGGCCAAGGUCCAGGAGUUCAGCAAACUCUCGGCGGAGAUGGACGACAAGCUCGAAGUGGAGAAGGCGACGCUGGAGAGGAGGCUGGCUAACGAGAUCAUUCAGAAAAGUGUCACGCGGAUCCGCGCCUCGGAGCAAGAGGUCGCACGCAGCAACGCCGUUCUGCGAGACAACUCGGCGAAGCUCGAGAUCCAGCUCGAGGAUGCCCAGAAGGAGAACGAGCAGCUGAAACUGGAUCUGAAGGCCCACGAGACGCGCAUGGAGGACGAAUCGCGACGCUUUGAGGAGAAGAAGCAAGAGCUGGAGCACUUUUACGAGAAGAAGGGUCUCGAUGAGAACAAGCGGAAGCAGGCCGAGUUGGACAAGCUGCAGGAGGAGGCCACCAAGGCCCGCGAAGAGCUUGCCUCAUUGCACAAGGAGCUCGACAACUACAAGGACAAGGCUAUUGAAGCUGCCAACAGCUUGAACAAUGAGCGCGAGCGACGCACCAAGUCUGAAAUGGAAAAGUGCACCCUUGAGGCCAAAAACCAGGCGCUGGAGGCUCGUGUAAGCACUGCGACGAGUGAGGUGGUGGAUUUGAAGGAGAAGCUGAAGCACAAGGACGAGGAAGUCUCUAAUCUUGUCAAAAGUCUGACUGAGAUCCAGAAAUUCAACGCCUCCGCAAGCAUGAAGGUUGAAGCCGACAAGAAGGAAUUGGCUGACAAGGUUGAGCGUCUUCAAACCACCAUUCGCAAUCUUGAGCGCCAGGAAUCAUCCAGCUGUACAACCGUUCGGGACCUUCAAAACCAAGUGGAGGUAUGCAAUGCUAGCCAUUCAGUGGAAAUCAAAUCCCGGAAGGAGGCUGAGCAGAACGAGCAAGGAAUUCGAGCUCGGAUGAAACAGUUGGAAGCCGAGUUGCAAGACAACUUGCGGAAGGUGGGAGUAGAGGGUGGUGUUCGUCAAAUGCUGGAGGAUCAAGUGCGCGAACUCCGAACAGAGCACGUUGCUGUGAACGCUCAGAUGGAAGCGGUGAAGGCAGAAAUGAAGCGGCUCCAAUCUGCAAACGUCGACUCCAAAGAACUUCAUAACAAGCAAAUUGGCAGUUUGGAAGAGAAAUUCCGACACGAAAGGGAGAACUUCAGAUGCCAAAUCGACAAGUUACAAGAGGAGAAAGUUAGUUUGCAAAGCGAAGUGGAGACAUUGAGGACGCGUGCGUCUUCAGUUCGCGACGGAGAUAUUGAGGAGCUCUGCAAAGUGAAGCGCGAGGCAGAUAUCCUGCGUCGACGCCUCGGUGAGCUGACGAACCAGGGUGCACAAUCAAUUGCUGAAAAAGACAAGGUGAUUUCGGAACUGCAAGAGAAGAUCAAGCACGGCGACAAACUGAGGCGAGCAAUGCACAACACUAUCCAGGAGUUGCGUGGAAAUGUUCGAGUCUUUGCGAGAACGCGGCCAUUCCUGCCAUCGGAUCACUGUGAUCCGAAUACAACGGUGCCAGUGAUUUCGUGCGACUUUGACGGCGAAAGCCUGAAGCUGCGCCGACCAGGCAAAAAUCCGUCUGAACCGGAUACCUUCGCUUUCACUUUUGACAAAGUGUUCGCUCCAUCUGCGGGCCAAGACGCAGUAUUCGAGCAGGUCUCCGAGUUUGUCCAGUCUUCUUUGGAUGGAUACCACGUUUGCUUGUUUUCUUACGGUCAGACUGGCUCUGGCAAAACCCACACGAUGCAAGGUAGUGGCAACGGCCAGAUGCGUGGAAUUAUCCCGAGGGCAAUCGAGAUGAUUCUUCAGGAAUGUGAAACGUUGAAGCAGCAGGGCUGGAGCUACGUUACAAAAGUGUCCUUCUUGGAGAUCUACAACGAGACGCUGAAGGACUUGCUAGCCACGAGGCAGAGCGGUGACGAGAAGCUCGGCAUCAAGAAAGACGCAAAGGGAAGUGUCUACGUGCCAGGGCUUACCCUGGUAGAUGUCACCGCCACGGAGCAAGUCGAAACACUCAUGGAACGAGCAAGCAGAGCGAGAAGCGUGGCCUGUACAGACAUGAAUGCGCAGUCCUCGCGUUCCCACAGCGUGUUUACUUUGCAUCUGCAAGGUGUGAACGACCGGGACGGGGUCAUGUUGAACGGCCAGCUGAAUCUUGUCGACUUGGCGGGCAGCGAGCGUGCAUCCCGGUCAAACGUAUCCGGUGACCGCUUAAAGGAGACGCAAGCCAUCAACAAGAGUCUCAGCUGCUUGGCCGACGUCUUCAAUGCUAUCGGGAACAAGGCCUCACAUAUUCCCUUCCGCAACUCCAAACUGACAUAUCUGCUUCAGAGCAGCCUAUCGGGCGACGGCAAGACGCUGAUGAUGGUAAAUCUGUCGCCGACCCUGGAAUCAGCAAGCGAGAGUCUGUGUUCGCUGCGGUUUGCAAAACAGGUGAACCAGUGCGAGCUUGGCAAGCCGAAGCGCCAAAUCAAGUCAAGGAAGGAUCGCCCGUGA